AUGUUUGCGAAGGCUGGUGUGUUAAACUUCAAAUUAGGUGAAAAAUAUGCAGACACUUUAAUUAGGGACGUCCAGAUUUGGCGCGAUGUAGAUACUGCACAAGAGAAUACGAAAAUAACGACUUUUAAGGGCUCAUUUCUAUGCUACAUCGAUAUGAAAAAGCUGCCAGUGUGGAUCUCGCAUUCUUCCACCAUAUCAACUUGUUUAACAUGUAGCGCUACCGCGAAGUCCUAUUUCUCAGUAAAGCUAAAACGGCUAAGAAGAGGCAUCGUUGUUGAACUUACAGAACCUUUAGCAUGCAAGUAUGUCAUUCUAUACAGACAUGAAAGCAGAGUUGAAUGUCUUGAAGUCGAACUUUCCGUAAAAAAGGCUCUCGAUGGUGCAAUAGCCAAGAUGCAGUCCACAGCCGCCGUUAGCACAAAGGACAAUAAUAUCGAUGCUAUUUUGAGGCAAUCUCAAGAAAAACACUUGAUUCACACGAAGCGCAUCAAAAAAAGCAUGGAGAUAAGUGAGAAGAGACUUCAAUUUAACGAAACAUUGUCCAAACUGAUUCUUGGUGGUCUGAGACUUCGUGGCAUUCCAAAUUCUCAGUCAGGGUUUCAGAAGUUGUACCAGAUGACCUUCGCUGCCGCCGAGUUCACACACAGGAAUGAACUGCAGCAAUUGCCCAGAACGAACGCACUAGAUGUACCUUUUGAAUCGCUGCAGUCCACCGUUGAAGCAUUGUUAAAGCUCUUCACUAAAUCAUAG